AUGGAUGGUAACUAUUCUGUUAUGUCUGACCGAGGUUGCAGCUACCAUUUUACCACUGGAGUGUUUUUCACCAUCGCCAACAUAAUCACCACCAUACUCGGCACUUUUUUCAACGUUCUUAUUCUCGUCUCUUCGUCGAGAUUGCAUUCAGUGUCAAAUCUUUUCAUCAGAAACCUCACUAUUGCACAUCUAUUGGUUUGCACUGCUGCUCUGCCGCUUAACUCUGCGUGGACAGUCCAAAAGACACACGGAAUUUGCGUAUCUCAGGGAGUUCUGUAUUCUCGCAGGGUCAUUCUUACUUUGUCCUCAUGCGCCUCUCUGCUCAUCUUAAGCUGGGUGAGUAUUGAGCGUUUUGUUGUGAUUUCUAGGCCUUUGAGGCACAAAUUUUACAUCACAACACGGCGCAUUCGAAUCGUUCUUGCCAUUACCUGGACGUGUUCGUUGAUGUAUGGCGCCGUUGCUGCAUUCGACGACAAUGCUUUCAUUACGAUUUUUUCAACAACGGCAGCUGUGACUUGUUCUGUUGUCGUUACAGCCUGUUACUUACACAUCUUUGUCGUUGUUUGGGAGCAAAGAAGAAGUCAAACCGAACUUCAAAGAAGUCAGUACCAGAGCCAAGCAUUGGAGAAACAAGUGGCUAAGACUAUGGCUCUGGCAAUCGGUGUCUUUGUUCUCUGCUUCGCUCCCCUGACCAUCGCUAGACAGACUGUAUCCAAGACAUCUCACGGAGCCUUACAUGACGGAUUGUUGUUGCUAGCGCUGUCGCAUUCUGCAGUGAAUCCUGUGAUAUACUUUCUCUGCUUCAGAGACUAUCGAGCCGCUCUUAAAAGAAUUUUGUACUGCAAGAGCAUUCAGAUAGGAUACUCAAGAAACUCUGAUAAAACUUGUCUGGAUAACAAUCAAACCGAAUUAUGCCAUUUAUAG